AUGUCUGACAAGGGGAUCUCAGGAAGAGACAUGGAGCCCCACCUCCUCAACAGUGAAGAAGAGGAGGAUGAGCUGGAAGAAGAGGAGGUGGAGAAGGAUGAGAACAACGGAGAUGAUGAAGACUUCCCUGAACCAUGCUCUCAAUACUCUGGAAGUCUGGGCCAGUAUGGCAGAGUGGCGCUGACAUGGAUACUCUGGCUUGGCAAGAGGACAGAGAUGAGACCCAUUCUAGACCGCAUGGAGAGCCAGAAACACCUGCCCAUAGCCCCAUUGCAGUGCACCCCCCCAUCUACCUCAGCCUCGGGGGAGACGCCGUCCCACCCCUCAACACAGCCCCACUCUCGACCGUCCUCACGGCCUGAGAACCAAAUUCCCUCGCAGUCCCUGAGUGGAACCAGGAAAAGGUCCCACUCCAACAAACCUGCACACAUGAGGAGGAACAUCAGAAAGCUACUGAGGGAGCAGCAGUUGGAGGCGGUGACCAAAGCUGCCCAGCAGGAGGAGCUGGAGAGGCGGCAGAGGCUGGAACAGCAGAGGAAGGAAGGGCACGUCCCUGUGGUCCUGCUACCUGAGUACACACCAGACGUGAUCGAGCUGAGCUCCGGCGAGGAGGACCUACAGGUCAGCAGCGAGUCCACCAAUGAGGAGGAGGAGCGGUCGGAGGAGCGGUCGGAGGAGGCCAGCGGCACCCACGUCAACGAUGCUGUGAACCAACCGGACGCCCUGGGGCGUGUCUUGGUCAACCUGAACCACCCUGCUGAGGAGGUAGACCUGUUCCUCUCCCCUCAACUGGCCCGUGCCGUCAAACCUCACCAGAUCGGUGGGGUCCGAUUCCUGUAUGAUAACCUGGUGGAGUCUCUGGAGAGGUCUAAGCGCAGCAGUGGCUUCGGCUGUAUCCUUGCCCACAGCAUGGGCCUGGGCAAGACCUUGCAGGUCAUCUCUUUUAUAGACAUCCUGCUUAAACACACGCAGGCCCACACCGUGCUCGCCAUCGUUCCUGUCAACACGUUACAGAACUGGCUGGCUGAGUUUAACCUCUGGGUCCCUUCCUCUGAGGCGUUACCCGCAGACAUCAACCCCGCACACUUCUCCCCGCGCAUCUUCAAGGUCCACAUCCUGAAUGACGAGCACAAAACCACGGCCAGCAGAGCGAAGGUGAUCUCUGACUGGUCGCUGGAUGGCGGCGUGCUCCUGAUGGGGUAUGAGAUGUACCGCCUGUUGUCCCUGAAGAAGAGCUUUGUGGCGGGCCGGAAAAAGAAGUCCAAGAAGCUCCAAGGACCAGUGGUCAUUGACCUGGAUGAAGAGAACCUGCAGCAGGAGCUCCUCAAAGGCAUAGAGAAGGCCCUGUCUCGCCCGGGCCCGGACGUGGUGAUCUGUGACGAGGGCCACCGCAUUAAGAACUGCCACGCCAGCACCUCGCAGGCCCUGAAGAACAUCCGUACCCGGAGACGUGUGGUCCUCACGGGAUACCCACUCCAGAACAACCUGAUAGAGUACUGGUGCAUGGUGGACUUUGUCAGGCCUGACUUCCUGGGCACCAGGCAGGAGUUCAGUAACAUGUUUGAGAGGCCCAUUCUGAACGGGCAGUGUGUGGACAGUACGCCUCAGGACGUCCGGUUGAUGAGAUACCGAAGUCAUGUCCUCCAUAGCCUGCUGGAGGGCUUCGUCCAGAGGCGUGGCCAUAACGUGCUGAGAGACCAGCUCCCCUCCAAGGACGAGCAUGUGAUCAUGGUGCGCCUGUCGCCCCUGCAGAGGGCCCUCUACAAAGAGUUUAUGAACCGCUUCAGAGAGGCAGGCAACAGCGGCUGGCUCAGCCUCAACCCAUUCAGGGCCUUCUGCGUGUGCUGCAAGAUCUGGAACCACCCAGACGUGCUGUACGAGGCGCUGCAGAAGGAGAAUCUGGCCAAUGAGCAGGACCUGGACCUGGAUGACAUCACCAACGGCCACGCCCGCUGUCCAGCCCCCUACCAGAAGGGCAAGACCCCGGAGGACCCCAACAGCAUCGAAGGGCUGAGUCUCAACGCUCUGCAGGAGGAGGCCAACCAAGUCAUCACCUACGAAUGGGCGAAGGAGAUCAUGUCUGACUAUAAACCCGGGCUCUUGGAGAACUCUGCUAAGAUGGUCCUGCUGUUCCACCUGAUCGACGAGAGUGUGAGGAAGGGAGACAAGAUCCUGGUGUUCAGUCAGAGUUUGUCCACCCUGUCAGUCAUCGAGGAGUUCCUGGCCAAGAGGCCCAUACUGGCGGGCAGCGCCAGAGAGGGCUAUAAUCAAAACUGGGUCCGCAACCACAACUACUACAGACUGGAUGGGAGCACAUCUGCUUCAGAGAGAGAGAGGCUCAUCAACCAGUUUAACGACCUGUCCAACACCUCCGCCUUGAUCUUUCUGCUGUCCACCAGGGCUGGUUGUCUGGGGGUGAACCUGAUCGGGGCUAACCGUGUGGUGGUGUUCGAUGCCUCCUGGAACCCCUGUCACGACGCCCAGGCCGUAUGUCGGGUGUACCGCUACGGCCAGAAGAAACCCUGCCAUAUCUACCGCCUUGUCUGUGACUUCACCUUGGAGAAGAAGAUCUACGACCGACAGAUCUCCAAGCAGGGCAUGUCCGACCGAGUGGUGGAUGACCUGAACCCGGUGCUGUCGUUCACGCGAAGGGAGGUGGAGUCUCUGCUGCACUUCGUGGAAGAGGAGCCUGACGUGUCACAGGUGCAACUACAGCCCCACCAAGAGAUAGAGGCGGGCAUCAGACAGGCCUGCCAGCUCUACCCUCACCUUGUCACCAAGCAACCCUUUCACCAUGAGUCUCUCCUGAUGGAGCGACAGGGGAUGAAACUCACCAAAGCGGAGAAGAAGGCCGCCAAGAAGAGCUACGAGGAUGAGAAGCGUGCAUCGGUGCCCUACACGCGCCCCUCUUAUGCCCACUAUUACCCCGCCAGCGACCAGAGCCUCACAAAUAUCCCUGCCUUCAGCCAGCGCAACUGGCGCCCACCCCCCCGACAAGAUGAGAAGCCGGUGGCCAGUGUUCGCCCAGUUCAGUCGACUCCAAUUCCCACGAUGCCUCGCCAGGCGUCUCACAGCUCUGCCCCCACAGCAGACACCGAGUCCAGCCCGGGCUUUCCCGUCAACUACCUGCAAAAGGCGGGCGUAUUCGUCCAGAAGAUCAUCACCACCACAGAUAUCGUGAUACCUGAAACCAACAGUUCAACUGAUGUUAAGGCCAGAAUCAGUGCAGGAGAGAGCAUCCACGUCAUCAGAGGAACGAAAGGGACCUACAUCAGGACUUGUGAUGGGAGGAUAUUUGCCAUCCGCACUGCAAGCAAGCCCAAGGCAGGGGAAGAGAACUCAGCUGCUGCACCCAAAGACACCCAGAAGGUAUCGGAGGAGGCCUCCGCCAACGGCUGUGUGGCUCGCCUGCUCUCCCCCGACAGCCCCGAAAUCCUGAGUGAACUCCAGAGGUACGAGGCUUCAACCAGAACCAAGGCCCAGCAUCAGCAGGGCUCCAAGGCUUCGUCUGCAGGUGCAGCGGCUCCACAGGAGAAGGCGCCGGCAGAGAGCAACAAUGGCAGUAGCAUGACUACCCAUGCCAAGCCCUGGAGCGAUGCCUCCGCCCCGGCCAAGCCCAGCACAGAUGCCAUUGCUGCCCUGGGCCUGAGGGGCACCAAGCGCAAGGCCUCCACCCCGUCCAACGUCGAAUGGGCCAUAAAAAAGCAGCCGGCCCCCAGCAAGCGGACCUCGGCCCAGUUGCCCCCCCAGGCUUUUCCCUUCGCGGCGGGCUAUGACCUCCCACCCAUGGGCCUCGACCCAGCAAUGCUGGGCUCCAUGGGGCACCCCAUAUUCAUGGGGGCCGGCUUGCCGUACUUCCAGUCCCACAGCCAGCAGGGUGACCACCGUCUCAUGUUCCCCAUGACUCCCGACCCCUUCGGCUUGGGGGGCGGCACCCUACCUAGAUCCUCCUCCACCAUCACCUCCUCGGCUGCCCCUGACUCAGCCUCCCUAGCUCCCUUCAUGCUGGGUGCUGGUAUGGCUGGCAUGCUGCCCCCAGGUUUCCCCAUGUCCUACGGCCAGUCCCUGUGCAUGUAUCCUAACUUGCUGUACCCCAGGGAGCUACCGGCCGCCACCCCAGGCCCCGCUGGCUCCAGCUUCUUCUCCCACUUCCCCUCCUCCUCUGGCCUGAUAGGGGCAGGGCUGGGUCGCUCUGAUGCCCACGGCUCAGCAGAGAACGCCGGUGGAAGCAGCUCAGACAGCAACAACGACGAUGAAGAUGAUGAUGUCUUUGAGGUGAUGGGACAAUGAGAGCCUCCAACUGUAGGAAAGAGGCAUGUGGGUUGUAGGGGACAGUUAGUGGAGUUGCUGGGGCUAGGAAAGCUGAAGAGAAUGGGAAGGGACAACCAAGCCCACCUCCUCCACUAGACCUAUUCCCCAUCCUAAAUGCAACAUGCACACCUUUCAAAAAACGAGAAUCUGUGUUGGAAUAUAACAGACUGGACAAAGCACCAAAUCCUUAUGCUGAAUAUCUUAUUUAAACAUUUUUAAAAAGGCAAAUCUGAACUUAUGUGAUGAAGAAAAAUGAACUUGGGGCUUCCAAAAUGUUGUCCUGUACUGGCUUUUGCAAAUCACUGAAGCAAGAGACUGCUGGGUUUGGACCUGCAAACCACUUCUUUGUCUUCUAUUUUUUUUUUUUUCCCAGCGGUUGAUGACAGACUAGGUUAAUAACUAACUGACAAUAGACUUGAGUUAAUAUGUCAAUUUUAUAUACGUAGUUGGUAGUAAUUAUUGUUCAUUGUCAUAUGUUACUGAAUAUUAUUUUAUAUAGUAGUCGUGCUCUAAACAUGUCACAACUGUUUUCAAAAUCGAUUUGAUUUGCCCUUGAAUUUACUGCGUUUCGUUUUUCAGAAAAUUGACUACUUGAGACUCAAUUCAAAGAAACAAUUAGGCUCUUUGUUGGGUGAAAAAUUAAGUCAAAAACCUUAAACUCAAAGAAUGUACACUUAUUUACGACUUUAAUGCAGACCUUGGGGACAGGCAUCACACUUGUGAAGAUCUGAUUUCAAUUUUUGAUAUGUCAUCUACAUUUUUCAAAUGUACACAUCUUCUACAGGCGACGAUGUGAAAACUGUGAUCUUGCUAAACUCCAACUGUCCGAAGGGAGCUGAAUUGAAAAUGCCUUGCCUCUGUCUCUCUGAAUGUUACCUAGUGGGAGUAGAGAAACAGUGAGACGGGCAAUCCUAGGACCUGGAUCUCACCCAUAGUCUUACUGUAGCUUUGCUAAGUGAUACAAAUAUAACCCAUGAACCCUCUGGUGGUCAGGUGGGUCACCUGUCUACUUCUCUGUCUGUUUCUGCAUUAUGUACCCAAGGGUUCUAGAGUAGAGAACUUCUGUCAUAAUGACUCGCUCUGCCUUGUGGAUAGCAUGAACACUCAUUUUCAGUUCCUUUUUCUCAUCUUUGGCGUAUGUGAUUUCAACGGAAAAACAAACAGGGUUCAAGAGAUCAUUGUCAAACCAAAAUAAUUUGAGAGGAGUCAAAAAUAGCUGUGCCAAAAAAAAGUACAAAAAGCAACCAAACAUCACCGUCAACUGCUAUUGGCCUAGAGAAGAGGGUUUCUUUCCCUAAUUUGAUCACAGUUUUGUCAUUAUAGACUUAGUGAGCUCAUUGUAAAGAUGAUGCUGGCUUAAGACUUCACUGUGUGACAAAGUACCGGGACUUUGAUUUAGAGAGGGGGGAGGUCUGUGACCUGGUUCUGUUUAAUAAACAACAGAACUUUUCAUUUCUGUUACUGCUGACUGUUAUUACCCCCCUCAUUACAUACGUUGGCCGCCUACUGUCUCAUGCCGCAUUUACGUGCUAGUCGGAACUAGGAAGCUCGGGAAUGUCCAACUUGCUAACUGGUUGAACGCGGCAUGUGUAUAACUACAACCAAUUAGCAAGUCGGGAAAUGUCUGACUUUCCGACUAGCAUGUGAACGCGGAAACUACCCAACACUUUGGGAAGAGGGAAGCCCAGCCCACCACCUCCACCAAGUCCCUAGCCUUGUCUCUUCAGCAAGAGCUUUAAACUCCAGUUAUUGAGUUUAUUAUGAGACCCUUACAUCAUCAGACUUGUUCAUCUUUUCAUACCAUACUUAAGGUGUUAAUUGACCUGUUAUUUCUAUUUUUUUAUGUACCACUUUUAUUUAUGACAGUGCAUAUUUAUUCAUUCCUUUUUUUGUUCUGUUUUUGUAAGGGAAAUGUUUUAUGUUCGUUUACUAGAACACGUUGAUUCUUGUUACGUGACUUGAGAAAUGCUAUAUACGUCUGAAUAGACAUCUGACCCAUAAGUGUGUGAAUUUCAGGACCAACCAGUCAAGGUGGUCGAACCACUCAUUAGCAGAUAGCAAAUGUAAUCCAGUACUUUUGUUUAGUUUUUAUUUAUGUUCAUAUCAUCCAGAUGUUCAUGUGAAUCUAUCUGUCCUAAUUGCAAAUGAAAGGUAGUUCUCUCAGUAUUCAUUCAUCUUAACUUGUUGAACCAACUGUUUUUUUUUCAUAGAUUUCUACAUGAAUGUAAGUAUUUAUUUAUAAAUCAAUUCAGUCGGUGACCAACUGACUCUCUUAAUUCCAGUUAUUAAAGUCAAGCUGCUGUCUUGGGGAGAAUGGCUGGAAGAGCCUGUAUGUAGUUAGUGAAUGGACAUGUAACAAUGGAUAGCUUUUAGAUAAAGAAAAUUUAGUUUCUAAAUAAAAUAAAAUCAUGUUUUGAA